GAUCAGUCCAGCCUCCGCUGGGGCUCGCUUGAUAAAUAACGCGGGGAAUUAAAGUUUAACGCCACCCACUUGAUUUGUGGUAAUGGUAGCUGAAAUGAAUGGAUAUGGCGAGAAGACUGUCAGCUUUGCGGGUCGUACACUCAAGCUGGACAAAGCUUCUGAUGCAAAUGAUAUUGUUUCUACAUUAUCUUCCAACUUGGACGCUGUGUGCUUAAAUCUCAGCGGUAAUACACUUGGAAUUGAGGCUGCUAAACCUAUUGGUAUCGCUCUGGAAAAAAAUCGCAUCAUCAAGCGUUGCUUAUUCAACGACCUAUUUACGGGUCGUUUGAAGUCAGAGAUAGCACCAGCACUGAAGCAUUUGAGUGCCGGUCUCAUAGCUUCAGGCUGUCAAAUAACUGAAUUAGAUCUCAGUGAUAAUGCUUUCGGACCGAAUGGGGUUGUUGGUGUCACUGAUUUACUUGCAAGCAAUACUUGCUCUACUCUGAAGGUAUUAAAAAUGAACAACCAAGGUCUCGGGCAUGAAGGAUGUCGACAUCUUACUGAAGCCUUAGAAAAAGGAAGGAAUUUGUCUGGGAAACAAGGACUUUUGCUUAAAACAUUUUCAGGCGGAAGAAAUCGUCUAGAGAAUGUUGGAGCUCAAAUGCUUUCUAAAGUGUUCUGUGACAUGGGCACUUUAGAAGAGCUUUCCCUUUAUCAAAAUGGCAUUGGAAUACACGGAAUCGAUGGAGUAUUUUCACUAGUGAACAUAAUCAAGUCAAACUUAAACUUGCGAGUUCUAAAUCUUUCUGACAAUUCGCUUACUCCCCGUGGUGGUGAGGCAGUUGCACGCGCUUUAUCAUCAUUAGUCAACCUAGAGGAAUUGUAUUUAAGUGAUUGUAUUCUUCGAUCAGCUGGUGCAAAAUCACUUGCUUCAGUAUUUGAAGAUCCUGAUACAACUCCGAAUCUAAGAGUUUUAAAUUUAGCCGGUAAUGAAAUCAAAGCUUCAGCAGGGAUCAACUUGGUCUUAUCUUUGGGGAAUAAAUCACGCUUAGAAUCACUGGAUUUAAAUGCGAAUGAAUUCGGUCGAUCUGGUGUACGAUCAAUUAUUCAAACACUUGAUUCAGUUGGUCUCUUGCACACCUUACCUGUACCGAAUGAUAACGAUGAAUCAAGAGAAGCAGGAGACGGGGAAGUUGGUGAUGAGGCAUACCUGUGGGCAUUUGAUGAAGAUCAAGGCUCUGAUGGAGAGGAUGAAGAUGAUGGUGAUGAUGAUGAAGAUAACGAAGCGAAUGGGGAAUAUGAUGAAGAAUAUGGAGAUUCUACACAAAGUCAGUACGAUGAUGGUGAGGAAGAAGAAGAAGAGGAAGAUGAUGAACGUGAAAAUUAUGCGGAUGUUACUCCAAAUCAAAAAGAGAAUUCAGGUGUAAAUUUCAGCUUUCGUGAAGCAUUCUCCAAACUUGAGACAAGUGGUGGUUGUUUAACACCUCAAAAUGUUAAUACUCAAUUAACAAAGACUGGACCAUUUGGUAAACCAGCGUUAGGUUUGUUUUCUGGUCUGUCUCCACAACAGAAUACCGAUACAACAGAUGCUGGCCUGUGUCGGGCGAAGUUGUGGCCAUCAUCAGGUCCAGUGAAUUUGUUCAGUGGUUUUGGCAAUACUGGUACAAAUGGAAAGAAUUUAUUCUCUCCACCAAUUUUGUCGGUGAGCAAAACUCCUGAUCCAGUUCCACCGAAGAAAUUAGAUGAAGAUAAAUUUAGGCAACAUUUAAUUGAAGCACUUUCUGAUCCUAAAAAUGAGAUUACUAGGAGUCGUUUAAUAGAUUUUCUGGGUUCAGAGGAAUGCUUCAAACAACCACCAAUCCAUCCGGUAAUUAUGUUGUGCUCACAAACAGUAUCAUCAGAAAGUGUUGUUCGCCUGAGCUUGGCACUAUCACGUAGUCUACCGUGUCGGAUAUAUCCAGUCACAGGGCCUAUUAUGCAAUUAGCUAUCGGCUUAUUAGCCUCUGUAUUUACAGAUAUGUAUAAGAGAACAUCAACAGAUACUAGUCGAACAAGUUGUGCAACUAAUUGUCUUCUUGUGCAUUUAGGCGCUGUCAAAGCAGAAAAAGAUAGUGAUGAUUGGACUAACUGUUCACCGAGUGCUUUAAAAACAUCAGUACAGUAUUAUUUUAAAUUAACAAAAACUCUGAUCGAUUAUUUUGGACCUCAAUUAAUUCCGAGUGUUUGUAAUACUUUAACCGUGUUGUUAUCAGAGCAACGUAAACGUGAAUUACAAUCGUCACCACCUGAUCGUACUAAUGCUACAACUGCUGCUACUACUUCGAAUAGUAUGGCUAUUAUUACUGAGACACCAGAUUGUGCUAAUAUCCGUAAUGAUAUUAUAACCUCUUUAGAGAAGCAGUUGUCUUCUAUGAAUCUAAGACGUUAGUGUUAGUAGUCGAAGUGUGGCACUCGUAAUGAAGGAGUACUUCUUCAAGAUUUCUUGAUACACUAAUGCAUUUUCGUCAGUUGGAGUUAAUUCCCCCAUCACCCCACCCAAUCCCAACUUAUUUAAAUGUGUACAAAAUAAAAAAAUAAUAUUCAUUCCUAGUGUAUUCGUCUAUGUCUAUAUUGUGUAAAAGUGUGUGUUGUAUACUGAUUGCAGAAUUACAGUAUAAUAAUUAUAAAAGAGACUAGAAACACAGAUUAAAGAAACAGAUAUAUAUUGUAAAACUGAACACUAUUCAUCACUACUCUCAUCAUCAUCAUCAUUAUCAUGAAUUAUUGUCUCCCACAUACGCGAUGUGAAAUUUGUUUCUUUUGUUUUAACUAUUAGUAAUUCUGUAAAUAAGUAAAUCAAUCAGUUUAUCGACUAAUUAAUUACCCUUUCUUGCUGUGUUUUGAUCUUGUGUACUAUUGAUUUUUGUUAUAAUAUCAUUAGUAUUCAUUGUAUUGAAA